AUGGUCCGCCUGGUUCAGUUGCUCGGGUUGGCAGCAGCGGCUGCUGCGAGUCUGUCGCAGCUCGAGACCAAUGGUCGUUCUGCAUGGGGCACACUGCCAUCGCCCACUCUCCCCAAGUUCCUUUUGGAUGGUCCUAUGGAAAAUGGCGUCCCAUGGGGACACGCGAAUCCGGCUGGAGACGCACCUAAUACCGGAGUGACACGCCAUUACGAUUUCACCAUCACACGGGCCUUCAAGUCGCCCGAUGGCUACAACAAGAGCGUCAUUCUGAUUAAUGAUCAGUUUCCAGGUCCAAUGAUUGAGGCGAAUUGGGGAGAUAUGAUCCAGGUUACGGUGACUAACGAAAUUGACAGUGAUGAGGAGGGCGUCACUCUGCACUGGCACGGUAUUUUGCAGAAGAAGACCCCUUGGUAUGAUGGUGUUCCCGGCGUCUCCCAAUGCCCAAUUGCUCCCCGCGGGGGCAAAUUCACGUAUACAUUCCAGGCAGAUCAGUUCGGCACUGGGUGGUAUCAUUCCCACUACAGCGCACAGUAUGAUGACGGUCUAUACGGCCCAAUGGUUAUUUACGGUCCUGUCCAGGAUGAGGUGUCUUACGACUAUGAUCUGGGGCCAGUCAUGAUCUCCGAUUACUUCCAUAUCAGCUACUACAAAGUGCUGGAAUUGUCCUUCUCGAAGCCGCCAGUGGGGGUAGCGGUCGACAAUAAUUUAAUCAACGGCAAAGGCGUUUGUGACUGCAGUAACAUCAAUGCUGAUGUGAAUAAUGAGCAGGCCAGCUGUCAAGCCGGGGCCGGACGGGCCAAGUUCCAAUUUCAUUCUGGAAAGAAUCAUCGGCUGCGCCUUAUCAAUUCCGGAUCUCUUGCCAAUCAGAAAUUCAGCAUCGACAAUCACGAGCUUUUGGUGGUCGCGAAUGACUAUGUUCCCGUCCAGCCGUACAAAACCAACGUGGUUACCUUGGGUGCUGGCCAGCGAACGGAUGUCAUCGUCCACGCUACUGGCUCACCCGCCGACGCAGUCUGGAUGCGAUCUGAAUUUGACAUGGUAUGCCUGGUAGCCAAUGCUACCGUGCCGAAUGCGCUUGCAGCGAUCUACUAUGAAAAUGCCGAUACUUCCGUCGAUCCCACUACGGAGGGGACAGAAUGGGAGAGCAACAACUGUCGCAACGAUCCGCUCAACCAGACAGUGCCAUACUACCCACUACAACCUCCUUCUCAGCCCGACACCACCCAAACGGUCACCAUCAGCGUCGGAUUGAACGACACAGGGUUCGCGGUGAUGUUCAUGGACGGCUCAUCCUUCCGGGCCGACUACAACGAUCCCAUUCUUCUCGACGCCAAGGAAGGAAACUUCACCUUCCCUGCAGAACGAAACGUCUACAACUUCGGCUCAAACUCCAGCGUGCGUCUGAUCUUCAAUAACACCUACGCAACCGUUCACCCUAUGCAUCUCCAUGGCCACAAUUUCUGGGUCCUGGCUGAGGGCUUAGGUACCUGGGAUGGCAAGAUCACGAACCCCGAGAAUCCGCUCCGUCGCGACACGUAUAAUCUGCAACCGGGCUCGACGACGUUGCCCUCCUAUUUGGUACUGGAGUGGAGGCAGGAUAAUCCGGGUAUCUGGCCUUUGCAUUGUCACAUGUCUAUUCACUCGAGCGCGGGGAUGUUCAUGCUGGUGAUGGAGCAACCGAACUCCAUAGAGAGGGAUAUGCAGAUUCCCAUGGUUAUGGCGCAAACGUGUCGUGAUUGGGACCGUUUCAGUAAUAAUGAUUUUGUGGAUCAGAUCGAUUCGGGUGUAUAG